GGCAACACAGUCUACAGCACAUCCAUCAUGGGGUCCAUGAUUAAGCAUGCUAGUUGUGUGCUUCACAUUCACACGUUGAGCGGAGUAACGAGGACGUAACGCCUGAACGGAAGCACUAACAAUAUCUAUAUUCCGUCCUAUCAUCGUGUGCAUAUAUAAACUAUAUUAACUAGGGCGACAUUUGGCUGCUGCGGUGUAAUCGGGACUUGUUGUGGGAGAGCCAUGGACACGCGGGGCUGUCAGUAACAAUGUCCGAGUGAGAGGAGCCCGCUGCGGCUUUGACAGCUGAGUGAUGUCGUCGCACAGGUGAGGAAGGAGCAAGCAGGUGCAGCUCAAUCUGAAUCAUGCCUGGAAAACUAAAAGCCAAAAUUGUGGCAGGGCGCCACUUGCCUGUAAUGGACAGAGCAAGUGACCUUACAGAUGCUUUUGUAGAGGUCAAGUUUGGAAAUACAACAUUCAAAACAGACGUCUGCCCCAAAUCCCUCAAUCCACAGUGGAACUCGGAAUGGUUCAAAUUUGAGGUGGACGAUGAGGACCUGCAGGAUGAGCCACUGCAGAUCACAGUGUUGGACCAUGACACUUACAGCGCAAACGACGCCAUAGGCAAGGUUUACAUCGACAUCGACCCACUGCUGUGCAGUGAGGCCGCCUCUGUCAUCUCUGGCUGGUUUCCCAUCUACGAUACUAUCCAUGGCAUUCGUGGGGAGAUUAACAUCCUUGUCAAAGUGGAGCUCUUCAACGACUUGAACCGCUUCAGACAAUCGUCCUGUGGAGUCAAGUUCUUCUGCACCCCAUCCAUUCCUCGCUAUUACCGUGCAGUGAUGGUCCAUGGCUUUGUGGAGGAACUAGUGGUGAACGAAGAUCCGGAGUAUCAGUGGAUUGACCGCAUCAGAACUCCUCGAGCCUCCAACGAAGCUCGCCAAAGGCUCAUCUCUCUUAUGUCUGGAGAGCUGCAGAGGAAAAUAGGGCUCAAAGUACUAGAGAUGGGGGGGAACGCCGUGGUGGGCUACCUGCAGUGUUUUGACCUGGAAGGAGAGUCGGGCCUGGUUGUGCGGGCCAUAGGUACCGCAUGCACACUGGAAAAACUCAGCUCCGGAGGCACGGGCAACAUCCCCUCCACCAUCACCACGACACACAUCCACCCGAGCACCGCUCCUGCCUCCAACGCCUGCAAUUCCCCUUCUAAGGAUGGAAAGGAGCCGGUAUUUGGUGAGGACCUUCCCUCGUCAUCCGGCCCGCCUACCCCUUUCAAAGCCCUUCCCACCUCCUCGUCCUCUCCUCCCCCCUUCUCUCCUUCCAAGCCAUGCAGCCGCCAGUCCUCAUCAUCAGACACAGACCUCAGUUUGACGCCCAAGACGGAGGAGCCCCAGCCUGUGAGACGUAGACCCGGCAUCUUCUUCUGCCCCAGCUCCCCCGUCCUUUCCACGGGCACUCUGUCCUUCUCUGGCUCGGUGGGCAAUGGUCCUGGAUGUUCCCCCAGAGCCGCCGCCCUGUCCCCUCCUACCUCCACCCACUCAGAUUCUGCCUUGCUGAGAAAGAACGUGUCCUUCACUGCAGACUUUCUGCAGGCAGCCUCGGGAAUGGGCAGUGGGGGCAGUGCCGGCAAGGAGGCGGGACCCCUGAAGACGCUGCUCAGACAACAGACGCAGACGGCUCUCGAGCAGAGGGGAGCCUCCUCCUCUGGGUUAUUGUUAAACGCCAGGGAAUUCCCCUUCUUCACGUUGACGUCUUUCCCACCUGGGUUUCUGGUCCACGUCGGCGGAGUGGUCAGCGCUCGCUCGGUCAAACUAUUAGACCGCAUACACAACCCUGAUGAGCCAGAGACCCGUGAUGCCUGGUGGGAGGAGAUACGACAGGAGAUCAAGUCACACGCCAAAGCUCUUGCUUGCCACGCUGUUGUUGGAUACAGUGAAAGCACCAGCAUCUGCGAGGAGGUGUGUAUCCUGUCAGCAUCUGGCACAGCAGCCAUCUUGAAUCCUCGCUACAUGCGUGAAGGCUGUUUGGACGUUGCAAGCACAGAACACAGGUUCGAGGAGCCGGCUCCUCCGAGUUGUGGCUUCUGUCACAUACCCUACGAUGAGUUCAACAUGCCCUUUCCCGCCCAGCUCACGUAUUGUUACCUCUGCAGACGACAAAAGGUCCCGGAUGUUCUGUUCACAACAAUUGAUCUGCCUUCAGAAGCGGCUGUCACAGGGAAAGGAUGUCUCAUUCAGGCAAGACUGUGCCGCCUGAAAAAGCGAGCCCAGGGGGAAGUCAAUGCGACGGCCAUCUCCAACCUGCUUCCUUUUAUGGAAUACGAACUGCACACUCAGUUGAUGAACAAGCUGAAGCUGCGUAGCAUGAAUGCCCUGUUUGGCCUUCACAUACAAAUCAGUAUGGGCGAGAACAUGCUGCUCGGUCUCGCUUCCGCCACAGGUGUGUACCUGACUGCCCUGCCUGCGCCUGGAGGCAUUCAGAUCGCCGGGAAGACUCCGGGCGACCUGAGCAACGAGCACCACAUUUUGACAAUCCAGAAAAGGAUCAAUGACACUAUAGGAAAAAACAAAGAGCUCUAUCAAAUCACUCCUCCGAAAUUAUUUACCCUGGACCCAGAGGUGCUCUGCGACAUAAACAUGGAUCCCACAGAGGAACUGGUGGGCUCUCCGAUCCCUGAGCCCAAACAAAGAAACCGACUGUUCCGCUCCCACUCUGAAAGCUCAGACGAACUGUCAGAACUGGACCUCUCUCACGGCAAGAAGGAUGCUUUUGUGCUAGAGAUUGAUGACACUGAUGCUGUGGAGGAUAUUCACUCCCUUCUCACAGACGCCUCUCCUCCCUGUGGUUUCCACAGCUGCAACACUGAGAUCAUGCCUGGGAUUUAUAACUGGACUUCAGGAGUACAGAUGUUUACAUCAGUGAGAGUCUUAAGGUUGAGUCAUGCCAAUCUCACCAAUCAAGGCUUGAACAAGAUUUUCACUGACCUGUGUGAGAACCUGCUGAAGAGUUUUUACUUCAAGUUGCGCUCUAUGAUCCCCUGCUGUAUUUGUCAUCUCAACUUCACUGUGGCAGUACCCGAAGAAGAACUUAUACAGGUUGCCGUGACGGCGGUUGCCAUGACAUUUGACACGGACCAGACCCAGGAGAAGACUGCAGAAAAGCCCGUCGCCAAAGUGUCCGGUGAGACCGAGGAGCAGCUGCAGUUCCCGCUGGAGCUCUGCGCCGAUUCCCCAUCCGCUAACAUUCAGCCGCCAUCCAAAAUCUCAGGUGUCUCAGGGAGUACUGCUGUGUCAUCCAGAGCUGCCUCCGUUGAUUACGGUUCCUUUGCAGACAGAUGCAGCACCUGGAUAGAGCUGCUUAGGCUGAAAGCUCACACCAUAAGACGAGGAUCAGUUAAGACAAUCUCGUCAUUGGAGCGCUCCAGUCCACUGACAGAGAGUCGCUCCCGCUCGCUGCGCUCCAACCGCUGCUCCUUUGGAGGAAGUUCGGUUACCGUGGUGAAGAUGACGCCGCUUUCCUUCCUCCCGGGACUGCGGAUUAUUAAAUACUUGGGCAUCAUCAACAUGUUCUUCAUUCGAGAGACGACGUCGCUACGAGAGGAAGGUGGCGUCAGCGGCUUCCUGCAUUCCUUCAUAGCAGAGGUGUUUGCCAUGGUUCGAGCCCACGUAGCCGCCCUGGGGGGUAAUGCGGUUGUGUCCUACAGCAUGAAAGAGUGUAUGCUAAUGGAAAAUCCAAACAAGAACCAGGCCCAGUGUCUCAUCAACGUGAGUGGCGAUGCCGUCAUUUGCGUGAGGGAAAGCGAUCAGGAGCCCACGUCGUCCACCAGCAACACGGGACAGACGUGCAGCGAAGGAGCCGCAUGACCCCUCCCUCCUUCUCUCAUGCAACUCACAGUCUAGCCGUCCAAAUGCCAGCAAUUUAUGUCUGCCUUAACUUUGGCAAAGGUCCCAAAGUUGAGGCACAAGCAAGCAAGAUGCACUAAUGGGAGUGAGGGGUGUAAAUAAAAAGUGACUGCUUCAUGUCAUGUUAGUAUUUCCAGUCUGUGUGCUUGAAAAAUGGCCAAAGGAGCGCCUGACUUGCCGUCCUAACGAGUAUCCCUUCCCGGGUGCCAAUUACACUCUAGGCAGCUACAACCACUUUGACCAUCCACAACUCCUGGAAGGAACUAAAUCCAAAUACAAAAUACUUGUCAUGCAUUCAUAUUCUUCUGCAGACUCAAAGAUUUUAGUUGAUUAAAGCUACAAGAGUCACGUUUUAAAUAUUCUUCCAGUAUUGCUCACAAGAAGUACCUUGAGUUUAAAAGUGUCAAUCUGAUUUUUUUUUUACUCAAGGAGCUUGUGUCAAAUCAAUCAAAAUAUACCGUAUUUUUCAGAGUAUAAGUCGCUCCGGAGUAUAAGUCGCACCGGCCGAAAAUGCAUAAUAAAGAAGGAAAAAAACAUAUAUAAGUCACACUGGAGUAUAAGUCGCAUUUUGGGGGAAAUGUAUUUGAUAAAAGCCAACACCAAGAAUAGACAUUUGAAAGGCAAUUGAAAAUAAAUCAAGAAUAGUGAACAACAGGCUGAAUAAGUGUACGUUAUAUGAGGCAUAAAUAACCAACUGAGAAGGUGCCUGGUAUGUUAACGUAACAUAUUAUGGUAAGAGUCAUUCAAAUAACUAUAACAUAUAGAACAUGCUAUACGUUUACCAAACAAUCUGUCACUCCUAAUCGCUAAUUACCAUGAAGUCUUAUACGUCUAGUCUCUUACGUGAAUGAACUAAAUAUUAUUUGAUAUUUUACGCUAAUGUGUUAAUCAUUUCACACAUAAGUCGCUCCUGAGUAUAAGUCGCACCCCCUGGCCAAACUAUGAAAAAAACUGCGACUUAUAGUCCGAAAAAUACGGUUAUCAUUUGUAGUGUUCAGUCUGUUUGCUGAGGACGAUGCGUUACUGUUUUUACCUGACAUGGUGAAGUAGCAAUGACAUCAUUUAAUGUCACACUUUGAGUAGUAAAUACCGGAUACAUUUUAUGAAUAAAGACCUAGUUUACAGUCUGUGCAUGUUUCGCUAUAACAAUUUCAUUUUGUAUAUUUAAACUCGAAGGCUUUUUGUAUUAAUUAAAAGGCCUCUCACAUUUAUUUUCGUUUAGCUUGCAUCGUUGCAAUGUUGUCUGCUACUGAUCUGUGAUGUCCUUACAGGAUGUCCACUGCUGGAAAAAUUACAUCAUGUGAUGAAUGAUUUUAUGCUGUAAAUGUGCUUCCUAAUCAUUUGUAUUUAAGUGCAAUACAUGCAGUGUUUUUGGAGUUAGUGGUACUAUAAAUGCAUUUUCUCUGUAAAACAAUAAGGUUGUUGCUCAUGUACAAUUAUUGUGUCCAAACAUCAAAUGUUAGAUUCAUUUAUUUUCUCAGACUAGAAGCAUGCAGACCAAAUUUGUAUUGCCAUAAACUGGUGAGACUUGCACAAUAAACUCAGUCAAACCACGUGGCCUCUCUGUUCCGACACUUGGUCAUUGCUUCUAACACAAACGGUUGAGAGAAAACUGUAGAUUGUACUUGAUGUGAUAAAGGGGAAUUAGGAUGGAAGGAAAUGCUAUUUCAAUUGGGUUGUGUGUUUCCUGUUACAGUAUUUACCUUGCACAAUAAACUCAAAUCAGACAAUGUUGACUCUGGCAAUAAAAUCAAUGCUGCUGAAUUUAUAUGGAAACCAAAUUUUAAUGACCUCAUUAUUGUGCAAGUAAAACAGCUAUUUUUAACGUAAACAUGCUGCUAAAUAAGCUGGUCAUCACCGCGUUACAAAGAACCUACUGAACUUGAAUGCAGCAUCUU